AUGAUUGGGGAGGAGCCUAGACCGAGUGACCCCACGCUGCAGGAAGAUUGGGACGAGCGCUCCUCGGCUGGCUACUAUUUGAUGUCGCAGAGUUUGGAGCUGAACCAGCGUCACCACGUCAUGCACCUGCUGCCGGAGGUUGAAUGCGGUCCGAAGGCGUGGACCGUGUUGAAGGAGCUGCACGCCCCGACCUCCGUUGUCGCAACGUUGAUGCUGGAGAGGGAGCUGUCCGCGUUGCGCCUGAGCGAGGGAGAGCCGGUGCAACCAGUCCUGGACAAGAUGCGCGACCUCUACGCGAAGUUGGCGACCGCGGGAAUCACCUACCCGGAGCAGACCAAGUGCUUGAAGAUGCUCUCGCUGCUGCCGGAAUUGUGGCUUCAAUUUACGAGCGGAUUGAGCCUGCCGCAGAACCAGAGCUUGUGGACGCUCGAGUGGGUGCGGACGAAGAUUCUGGAGGAGGACUUCCGUCGCCGCCAACUGAGGGGUGGAGACGACGGCAGCAGCGGCUACGGGAUGCAAGGGAGCCGACGUGGCAGAGGACGUGGCUUCGGUGGUGCUGGACGCGGUGCAAAGAAAGACGACGACUCCAACGACCAACAAGGAGGUACCGGUUGGGGUCGCGGUGCGAAAUCUGGACGUGGGGGCAAGUCGGGUGCUGGUGGCAAAAUGAAAGGGAGUUGCUGGUAUUGUGAGAAGGAAGGGCACCCCUGGUUUUUGUGCUAUAAGAAACCCGAUGGCGGCGCGCGGAGGAAUGGAAAAACGGCCCAACGUUGGUUAAGGGCCUAA